AUGAAGUUAAGCUACCUCAUAUCAGUAGCAUCGUUGCUUGCUGUUUCUGAAGUUAAUGGCUUUGUUUUACCUCAAUUGUUUCUUAAACAUUGGGGUCAAUCUGAUCCGGAAUCAUCAAUUGCAGCAGCAGCAUCAUCAUCAUCAUUAUUACAAAUUGAUCAACUUUCUAUAUAUUCUCCUACUGCUAGUGCAUCUCCAUCCUUAAUUGCUGAGAUCACUCAACCAACCCCAACUCCAGAACCAACCCAAUACCUUGAAAAAAGACGUAAAGAUGUCAUUGUAAAUAAAGAAUAUGCCGCAGAACAGGCUAAAAAGGCAAAUAAAGAUGGGAAAAGUGAUGCACCAAAAGCUUGGAUUAGAACUAUUUCAUCAACCAAAGUUGAAAUCGUUACUCCAACUGUGGUAGCUGGUGUUACAUUCAAUGCUCAACCUCCUAAAACUACUAAUGGUUUAGAACCUUGGAUUUCAAUCCAAAAAAAUGGUUUACCCAAAACUAUAAAACCUCAAAUGAAAAAUGGUAAUAUUAAAAACCCAUCUCCAACUUAUGGUCAUUGGUUUGCCACUGCUACUACUGUAGUAUACACCAAAGAAGAAUUACAAGCACAUAAUAUGGCUGAAGGUGAAGUUUUUGAACAUGAGAUUUAUAUUGAAGAAGAUAAAACUGAACAUGAAUUAAAUCCCAUGUUAAGAUGUACACCUGAUUUUUAUUUUAAAAAGGGAGUUGCUAAGGAUAAAUCAUCCGAACCAUUUUGUUUCCCAAGAGAUGGUGAACAAUUAAAAAUGGAUCAAACUUAUUUCAUAAGUUGGUUUUCAAGAUUUUUUGAUGAUGAUCAAAUUCAAAAUGUUAAAGUUCAUUUAUCUUAUGUAAAGGAAACCGUUAGACAAAAGGGAUUAAAGAAAAGAGAUGAUGAAUUUGAUGAAAAUAUUGAUUUAUCAAAGAGAUCUGCUUUGAUUGAUCAAGGUGCUAAAGUUGAUGAAACAUCAUUUUUCCAAUCAGAAUGGAUACCUAAAACUCAAGGUUAUUUCCCCUUAACCAUCAAAGAAGAAUGGAUUGGGGAUAAUGAUUAUUAUAGAAAAGUCUUAGUAUCAAUCCAACCUGAUGUGGUUGAAGAAAAUGAAUUCAAUCAUUUAGCUAAUUCUAUUGUCAUUGAAAUUGCUAAAGGUCUGAGAGUUUCUAAAGGUCAUUAUACCGAUUUAAAGAAAUUAGAAGAAAAAUUAGCCGAUCCAAAUUAUGAAGUUGUGGAUGGAGUUGAUUUUGAAAAAUAUUAUGUUAUGAUGACUAUGCCAACUAUGGUUGCUGUAUUUGCUUUAGGAAUGUAUUUAUUCGUAUGGUAUAAUAAAGUUGAUUUAAGUCAUUUGAAAAAGAGAACUUUUGCCAGAGAAAAUUUCAAACAUAGAUUAGUACCAUUAAGAGGUAAACAUAAAGAGUAUGCCCCAUUGCCUCAAUAUAAUAGUAAUAAUAUUAAUAAGACUGAUUAG